AAGUGUUUGACUAGAUGGUUGUGUCACCGCAACCAUUACUUGCUGCCUUCUGGUCUGCCACUUCACCUUCGUGAUCCAAUCACAAUGACAACCUGGAAGAUAUGCGGAAGAUUGGUGCAGAAGUACAUGUGGGUUGAACCAAAGCACGGUUCAGAAGCGUUGGAUAGGAGUCUCCGCAGCUUGAAGCAGUGCUCUGGAAGACCGACAUCUUUCACAUUGUCGUCAAGUCGUGGAUCCAGCCGAUCAAGUGAGAGCGGAAUCAUCUCCAAUCGUGAUUACUGGGAAGAGGAUGCACCGAAAGUCGUUCCCUCAGGCUGCUUGGCCGUCUACGUCGGCACGGAGAUGCGCAGGUUUGUCAUCCAAGCAAGCUUUCUCUACACACGAGUGUUUCGAGAACUGCUGAGGAGAAGUGAAGAAGAGUACGGGUUUGAAACCAAGGGCGGUUUGCGAAUUGAUUGCGAAGCUGCGAUCUUCGAGAAGUUGCUGUCGCAGCUGGAGACGUCGGGUAGUCCCGACGAGAGCUUUUAACAAUCCACUCUGACCGAGCGUGCUUCCAAACGACGACGACAGAGGAGUCAGACUAGUUGUCAGUGGGAUUCUGUUUCAGAGUCUGAAGUAUAUUUAUGAAUGGGUGAUUUAUUUAUGGGUAUUUUAUAAAUGUGCGGCCACAAAUGUGAUUGAGCACAGCUCUUUGGUCGGCCGACACUGGCGGAUCGGCCUACUGAAUUGAACACGGUCCGUUCCGCAAGGAGCACGUUGCAACAUUAAUUUCUGAUUUUUGCACCCCUCUCA